AAGAAAACGGCGAGAACCACGCCAUCCCAAACGUGACCCGCUCCGCGGUGUUACUCUAAGAGCCUGCUCCACUGCCCUCCCCUUAACCGCUCUCCUCUCUGUUCUAUAAAACCGACGCUCAUUUUCUUGCCUUCAUCCAAUCCUUGUCUCGCUCUCUUCCUCUCCGGUUUAUAAUCGAACGUCUGCUUCGAGGUCUAGGGUUUCUUCGCCGAAGGGGACAGGUCUCGAUGGAUUCCCAGGUCCUCGUCGCCCUUGCCCUCUCCCUCGUGGGCGGAUUGAGCACUUCAAUAGGUGCACUUUUUGUGAUUCUAAAUCAUGCUCCCAAUCUUAAGAUGCUUGGACUUUUACAGGGUUUUGCUGCUGGUCUUAUGCUGAGCAUAUCUUUUUUAGACUUGGCACAUAAUGCUCUGAACUCUAUUGGCUUCUUAAAAGGCAACCUUUGGUUCUUUGCAGGAGUUCUAUUCUUUGCUUUCGUUGUCAGUUUUAUCCCUGAACCAACAGUUGUUGCCAGAACAGAUGAAAACAACAGACAGAAAGAUGACGAUGGAUCUGGUAAAGACCUUAUGAGAAAACAUCGUCGCCAAGUCUUAUUUAGUGGGAUAAUCACUGCAAUUGUUACAGGCAUUAGUUUGCACAAUUUUCCUGAAGGAAUGGCAGUCUUUCUUGGGUCAAUAAAGGGUCUGCGAGUUGGCCUUAACCUAGCUCUGGCUAUUGCUCUACAUAAUAUUCCAGAGGGUGUUGCUGUAGCUCUUCCUAUCUAUUUUGCUACUGAAAGCAAAUGGCAAGCAUUCAAACUAGCAACACUUUCUGGUUUUGCCGAGCCGCUAGGUGUGAUUAUUGUAGCUUACCUCUUUCCCAGCAGUUUAGAUCCUGAGAUACUUGAAGGCUUACUUGGAGCAGUUGGUGGAGUUAUGGCUUUUCUGACAUUGCAUGAAAUGUUACCUCUAGCAUUUGACUAUGCGGGUCAGAAACAAGCGGUCAAAGCUGUCUUCCUUGGCAUGGCUUUCAUGUCUGCAAGCUUAUAUUUCUUAGAGAUCAGCUUGCCAAAGGAGAUGAGCUUGUAGCUCUGGAUGGUUCAUGACUUCCAAUCAUAAUCAAACAUGUCAUGCAAAUUCCAAAAUCCAGACAGGUCCUUCCUAUGUUGCUGCCACAUUUAAUAUCAUGUACCACUGUCUUUUUUAUCACAAAAUGUGGUUGCCAUCAGUAAAAUGAAAAGUCCACCUCUUCUUCAGAAGGAAAAUUUGUACAUUGUACACUGAUUCUAUUGUCAUACUUAUUCGCAAAACAUGGUCCACAUUUUCUUACUUUUGCUGGCCUACAUCUGAUGAAUUGCCAUGGUAAAAGAAGCAGCCAGUCUCAAGUUGAACUGUGUAGGAGGCUGCUGAUUUACCCAGACGCAUCAGAACGGAUGAAGAGUUGUGUCAAGUUCCAAAGCCAUUGAGUUCUCUAAUAGACUCAUCAGUCAAAAACAGAUCAUGAAAGAGCACAUCAUCUGUUGAGAGAGAGAUUUUAAAACUUUUCAUUCUUCGUCUCUCCAUGCACCGUGACAUUCUGUACAUUUGUUCACAAAACGUUGGCUCGUUUGAUGUCAAGGCAACCUGUCCUUGGGGUUGUGGCUCUUGUAUAUUGCACCUGUGCUUGAUGCAUUCUAAAUGUUGGUUGUCAAUAAUAAAAAUCACGUAUAAUUGUUUGAUAAA